CAUGAUUCAUUUUUUCAGUUGAUGCACAGCGCUUAACAACCGCCGUCGUCCUAUGUACCCGCCAGAAAAGCUGACAGUUGAAAACAUAAACAAGAACGCUUCCAAAAUGCCUCUCAUUUCUUGCAGGAUCCCAAUCUCUCUCCACCAUAGCCGCCUCCCAACCAGUAAAGUAAUCCCAAUACACUCCAUGUCUAUGUCCUCUUCUUCGUCCUCGCAUUCCCCUUCUCCUAUCCAAGAAUCAGAGCAGAAGGAGGGCAGAGAAGCCUCAAUAGCUCAAGUGUUGAAAUACCACGACCAAACAAAGCACUCCUUCACCAAUUACGCUCGUGGCCCUCGCGGCCUCGACUGGGCCAACCAGCCCAACCCUUUCCGCCGCUACGUCUCUUCCCCACUCAUCUCUCUGCUGCACCCUCCCGGAAAUCAAUCCCCUCUCUACUCUCAGCUCUUCAACUCUCUCCCAUCUCCACACCCAGUUUCCUACUCCACUAUUUCUCAGUUUUUUUACGAUUCUCUCGCGUUAUCAGCUUGGAAAUCCACCGGGUUUUCGACUUGGUCCCUCCGCGUAAACCCUAGCAGUGGGAAUCUGCAUCCCACUGAGGCGUAUCUCAUUUCUCCGCCAAUCGAAUCAAUAUGUUCUCACAGUUUCGUGGCGCACUAUGCUCCAAAAGAGCAUUCUCUGGAAAUUAGAGCAGAAAUUCCCUUUGAAUUUUUCGCCAAAAAUUUCCCUAAAAAUUCCUUUCUUGUUGGUUUGUCCUCAAUCUUUUGGAGGGAGGCUUGGAAGUAUGGUGAAAGGGCUUUUAGGUAUUGUAAUCAUGAUGUGGGGCAUGCCAUUGCGGCAGUUGCCAUGGCUGCGGCUGGGCUAGGGUGGGAUGUGAAGGUUCUGGAUGGAUUAGGCUAUACAGAGUUGAAGAAAUUAAUGGGGCUUGAUCAUUUUCCAGAGUUUAAAUUUCCGGAUAGGCAGGUGAAAGGGAGAAUGCCUGAAAUUGAAUUUGAGCAUCCUGAUUGUGUUCUUUUGGUGUUUCCUAGUGGAUUGCAUGAAUGUAAAGUGGAUUAUAAGGAGUUGAGUUCUGCUAUUUUGGAGUUUUCUGACGUAGAGUGGAAGGGCAAGCCUAAUUUGCUUAGUAAAGAACAUGUUUGUUGGGAUAUUAUAUAUAGAACAGCCGAAGCUGCAAAAAAACCAUUAACUAUGAUGAAUGGAUCAAUUAUUGACUCUUUUCAGAGUAGUGGGUUGCUUAGUGAAAGUUCUUAUAAGGGGUUUAGUUUGAGAGAUGUAGUAAGAAAGAGAAGGAGCGCAGUUGAUAUGGAUGGUAAGACUGGUAUGGCAAAAGAAACUUUUUAUCAAAUCUUAUUACAUUGCAUGCCUUCAGGUUCUGGGAGUGGAGAUAAGUGCAAAAGACAAUUGGCACUGCCAUUUAGGGCACUUGGUUGGGAAUGUGAAGUGCAUGCUGCUCUUUUUGUUCAUAGGGUUGUGGGCUUGCCCAGUGGCUUGUACUUUUUGGUGAGGAAUGAGAACCAUUUGGAUGGCCUUAGGAAGGCUACUAGGUCUGAAUUUAAAUGGGAGAAACCAGAUGGAUGCCCUAACGAUCUUCCGCUAUAUGAGCUAGCAAGAGGAGAUUGUCAGGAACUCUCGAAACGGCUCUCAUGCCAUCAGGACAUUGCUAGUGAUGGCUGCUUCAGCCUUGGUAUGAUAGCUCAUUUUGAGCCCACUUUGCGGGAAAAGGGAGCUUGGAUGUAUCCUCGAUUGUUUUGGGAGACUGGAGUUCUUGGCCAGGUUUUGUACCUUGAGGCCCAUGCCGUUGGCAUCUCUGCCACUGGAAUUGGCUGCUUCUUUGAUGAUCCUGUACAUGAAGUUCUUGGGUUGGACUUGGAAGGAUCAGAAUACCAGAGCUUAUAUCAUUUUACAGUGGGAGGCCCAGUGGCUGACAAGCGUAUAAUGAGUUUGCCAGCUUAUCCAGGGCCAAAUGUGGAUGCAUGACCCCUCACUAAGGCCUGCCUCUCUCACCUUGCUCUCCUCUCAACAAAAUUGGAUAUUGGAAGCAUACUAGAUAGUGUGGUUAAAUUAGUCUUUUAUUUUUAUUUUUUUCUUUAAGGACAAGCAACUUUAUACAAAGAUCUCAACUAAAAUUAUAUGCUCAACACGUCCUCUCAUAAGUCUUUUUUAA